AUGUUCAGAUACGAAGAGCCUACGUGGGCAGACCAAUGGUUUAAUUAUUUCACCAGGGCGGAGAAAAUCCUCAAGGAGGCUGAAGCCCGCAAAGGCGAGAAACCCCUUUAUAAACCUUCACGGUCCCAGUAUAUUUUCUACCACAAUUCCUUUAACAGGGAGGCCUCGGAGGAGGUGGGGAGUGAUGGGAUUAGAAGAAGCACCGUUGGGCUUUCCACCAAUAUAGCUUACAACGAACAUCCCCCUUGCACCUCCCCGUUCGCUACUCUCGAGAAGAAAUUCCUGGACGAUCUAAGGCUUGAACUCGCCCAUCGGGGGAGUUAUAUAAUCCUUAGAGCGGUUGUCUUCCCGAAUAGGUAUGUUUCAGUGUCAACCAUCGCCGAAGACGAGAAUGGAGAAGUGGAGUUGGUGCAGAUAUACAAUCAGGAUGAUCGAAGAUCUCCGGAAUGCAUUGUACCCGAGGGGCAGGUUUUUAUCGUCAAGGAGCCGUAUUUCAAGACGACCUCCAGCGGUGGAACGAGCAUCCGCGUCGAUCAUGUCUCCGACAUCAUCUUCUUGGACGGUGAAGACGAAAGGAUUCCAGAGAAGUGGCGGCCAAGGCUUAAGCUAUUGGCGAGGAGAUCCUUAGAUUGGAAGGAUGACGGGAAUGGCUUUUAUAAAAAGAAGCAGUAUUUUGAAGCUGCGCAAUGUUACACCAAAGGCCUCGAAAUCGCCGAACCCGGUUCAGUAUCCGAUAUAUUCCUACUUCUUAAUCGUGCCCAAGCAUACCUAGAACUAGGCUACAAUGAGAAGGCCCUUAUUGACGCCGACAAGGUGCUCUCCUAUGAACCACUGAAUCAAAAGGCUCUUUAUCGCAGUGCUCUGGCCUGCUACAAGGACGGUGACUACGAAUCCGCUAAAAGCCGCCUUGUAAAACUACUGAAGAAGUUUCCGGAGAAUAAAAAUGCAAAGGAAAGGCUCCUCCGAACCUUCCAGCGUUUGCGAGAGCAACGAACCGGGAAAUAUGAAUUCCUAAAAAUGAGAAAUCAAGUCAAGGAGUGGGGGGAGAAAAGAGGUAAACUCGACUGUGCAGAGUAUGUUGGGCCAGUCAGGGUUGGAAAAGCGGGGGGUAAGGGGAGGGGGCUAUUCGCUACUCGGGAUGUGAAGUUUGGGGAAUUGCUGCUCUGUUCGAAGGCUUUCAAAGUUUGCCACAAGGAGGCUGCGAAUGCUAGGCUCGAGAUUCUGUUCAACCUCAAGGCUAGGAAGGGACAGGCCGGCACGCACUCACAACUUGUCCAGGAGCUAAUACAAGAGCUAUACCAUAACCCGAAGAAGGCGAAAAGGUUCUAUGAUCUACACACUGGGGAUUAUAAAAGAGUUCGAGGAGAAACGGUUGACGGGUUGCCGAUCGUCGACUCACAUCUAGUAAUGCGCAUCAUGCUGAGGAACGCUUUCGAAUGCAGUCGGCUCAGCUCCGUCGAUGACCCUCUCGAGAACCUGUUCAGAGAGAAAACCGAGGUGGAAAAAAUGAUCGCAGAGGCGUCACCGACUGGUACCGCCGAGGGCUCAGGACUCUGGAUAAUGCCCUCAUAUAUUAACCACUCCUGCUGGCAAAAUUCCACCCGCUCAUUCCUCGGAGACCUCCUCAUAGUUCGUGCGGCAAGGGACCUCUCCGAAGGUGAGGAAAUCACCAUCAAUUACAUGGAGAACGAAUCCGGUGUGCAGAAACGUCAGAAAGCGUUCCUUUCGGAGUGGGGUUUCGAAUGCAAAUGUACCAUGUGCGAGAUCGAAACCGCAGAACCACAGGGGGUACAGGAUAAGCGCGAUGAGCUGGUAGAGAAGGCGUUAAAAUUCAAAGUCUAUCUCAAGCAAUCGACUGAGAAGAUUGAAUCGGGAGUUGCGCCUAUGAUAAAGCUGAUAAAGGGCAUCGAGGCAACCUAUACCAAGCCAGAAUUCAUUCAUCCCCGCGUCCAGCUACUCUCGCCAACACACAUUCUCCAGACGUUCCUCGUAAGAACAGAACGUCCCCCGGAUGUUUUCUUCCUUGCGAAGCAGUCGCUCAAUGGGCUGGGGUUCAAGAUUGCAACCAAGGGGGGGAGAGUGGUGAUAGAAAGGUAUGGGCACAUGUGCUAUCCGGUCGUCAACCUGUUUGUCCAUGUUGUUACAGCGGGAGCGAUGAUGGGUGAUCUUUUGACGGCAGUGUUAUGGAGGAAUAUUACUAUAAAGAUUUAUGAAGUGGUUGUCGGUGAGAAGGAGAGCUUUUUCGAUGCCUUUGGGAGGGCACUCUUGCAGGCUGGGGUGCCGGUUGAUUGA